CUUAAAACUGUUUGAUGCUGUCAGUUCAUAUGGCUAACGCUACGGUACACCUGGUUAAACAAUAAAGAGAUGUGGCAGCUCAAGGACAGAGCUGUUUUUUUAUAAAGAGGAAUUUCCUUCGAAUGCACAGUAAUCAUUUUACGGAAUACGAAAAUACAUGGAGUCAUUUGAGAGCCAUGCGUUUCCCCCCACCGUUGGCAGGCAGGUAUUUUCCUACAGCCAGACGUCUCACUGGGAAAUCAUCAUUUCACUUGGAACCACCGCUGGCUGGUGAUUUAGCAUGCAUGCUAGCUAACUAGUGGACAACACGCAUGUUUAUAUUUAUGCGUAGAAGCAACAUUAACGGGCAGCGUUAAAGGCCUUUGUUUUAAUUUCAUGAAUUCUCAUUACCAGCCUCAUAGGGGGUACACACACGUCCCUCCUGGACCGACCCAAGACUGCCACACCACACCGGCUGUGUGUCACUGUGGACCGAGCAGAGAGUAUUAACCCACGCAAACCCCCAGACCCGACAGCUCCUCCUCACCAGGGGACACUAAACCAGCUUUUCUACACACUCUUCAUCCGACUGUGAGGACUUCAAGGCUUGGUGUCCACUAGCCUGACUCCAACUGUGCAUUGUGAGCUGUCUGUUUGUAAGAAACUAUUUGGACCAGCAUUGAAUCAGUCAUGACAAGGCACUUCUGUGGUCUGCCAUCUCUCCAGCCACUGGAUGUUUUUUUGAGGUGGAACCAGGCUGAAGCAAUGCACAACCUCUCGUGCAGAAUGUGUUAAAACCCGGGGCUCCAGAACGUUCUCAGAUCAAGGACCUUUAAAUUACUACACAUACAGACAUUACUACAGGAGACUUCAUCUCCUCUUGUGGAUUACUGCUGGUACUGUCAUCUGGGACAGAGACACCUGGGAUCAAAUUAUUUCUUUUUUUUCCCCCCUCACUUUGCUGGGCACAGACCCUCUGGAUACCCCCUCAGGGGCCCCCUGAUGGUCCCUGGACUCCACUUUGAGAGCUGCUGGUUAAGGUUGUCUCAUUAAAGUUCCCUCCACUUUAUGUCACCCCACUAAGAAAGAACUCUUUGACCAUGCACUGAAGACUCAACUUGAAACCUUACUGAGAGUCAAAUUUACACUGUGUCAGCCAUGCCUAUCAGAAAAAAAGACACAGCUCGAGCCUUGGGGCUUUUGGAGGAGUACUGCACUAAACUGAGGAAGCCGGAGGAGCAGCAGCUCAAAACUGCCAUUCAGAGAGUAAUGGGGAUUUUCAAAAGCAACCUGUUUGAAGCUCUUCUUGAUAUUCAGGAGUUCUAUGAAGUGACACUGCUAAACACACAGAAGAGUUGUGAGCAAAAGCUUGAGGAGGUCAACCACAUGGCAGACAAAUGGGAGAAGAGUGUUUCUAUACAGAACUCUGAGCUGGCACACUCUGCCUGUCCCAUGGAGGAGCAGAGGGAGCAGAGCAGCUCAGAUCUCAGCGGGAUAGGGCAGGGAAAGAGCAGUGCCAAGACCUCUAAGAACAGGCCUCCAGCAAUACAGGGGUCACCCCACAACGGCCAGCCCCCACCCUGCAUGAACCCUGCCUUGAUGAACGCUCCCUGGCAGUACCACUAUCAAGAAGACGACUCGCCACCUCUUGACCAGGGAUUCCCAGGGCUUACCAAUGAGGUGUGCUCCCCUGAGCUUGUGCACGUGUCCGAGAAGAACCUGUCUGAGAUCGAGAAUGUGCACGGCUACGUGUCCCAUUCCCACAUCUCUCCUCUCAAGGCCAGCCCUGCCCCAAUAAUUGUCAACACGGACACUUUGGAGUCAGUUCCUUAUGUCAACGGCACAGAAAUUGAAUAUGAGUUUGAGGAAAUAACUCUAGAGAGGGGUAACUCAGGGUUGGGCUUUAGCAUUGCUGGAGGGACAGAUAACCCACACAUCGGUGAUGACCCCGGUAUUUUUAUCACCAAGAUCAUCCCUGGAGGUGCUGCAGCAGAGGAUGGACGCCUGAGAGUAAACGACUGCAUUCUGCGGGUGAAUGAUGCAGACGUGUCUGAAGUUUCUCACAGUAAGGCAGUUGAGGCCCUGAAGGUUGCAGGUUCUAUUGUCCGACUAUAUGUGCGGCGCCGCAGGCCAAUGCUUGAGACCGUCAUUGAGAUCAAACUCAUCAAAGGACCAAAAGGGCUUGGCUUCAGUAUUGCAGGUGGAGUAGGAAACCAGCACAUCCCUGGUGACAACAGCAUAUAUGUCACCAAAAUCAUUGAUGGCGGGGCAGCACAGAAGGAUGGUCGGCUACAAGUUGGAGACAGAUUGUUAAUGGUGAACAACUACAGUCUGGAGGAAGUGUCUCAUGAAGAAGCUGUGGCCAUUUUGAAGAACACGUCGGACGUGGUCUACCUAAAGGUGGGAAAGCCCACCAAUGUCUACCUAUCAGAUCCCUAUGGGCCUCCUGAUAUCACACAUUCUUUCUCUCCAGCCAUGGAAAAUCAUAUCUCUUCCCCCAUCAACAGUGGCACUCUGGAGUAUAAAUCUGCCCCCCCCCCAAUCUCUCCCGGGAGUUAUUCCCCCCUCCCUAAGCACUUACUGGGGGAAGAGGAUAUAAACAGGUUGGAUGGUUUUUCCUUCUUACGAAAUCCUUCGCUAGAUGAUGGGGAGGGUCACAGGUUUGAUUCCCAGCACUUCCAGUUGAGGGAACCCAGGAAGGUCGUGCUCCACAAAGGUUCCACAGGCCUCGGCUUCAAUAUCGUGGGCGGUGAAGAUGGCGAGGGAAUCUUUGUCUCCUUUAUCCUGGCAGGAGGGCCCGCUGACCUGAGUGGAGAGCUGCGGCGAGGCGACCAGAUUUUAUCGGUAAAUGGCAUUGACCUACGAGGAGCCACGCACGAGCAAGCAGCAGCAGCACUGAAAGGAGCAGGACAAGUGGUCACCAUCAUUUCCCAGUACAGACCAGAGGAGUACAGGCGUUUUGAGGCCAAAAUCCAUGACCUGCGGGAACAGAUGAUGAACCACAGCAUGAGCUCUGGGUCAGGAUCCCUGCGAACCAAUCAAAAGAGAUCGCUCUAUGUGAGGGCACUAUUUGACUAUGAGAGGUCAAAGGACAGUGGCCUUCCCAGCCAGGGGCUCAGCUUCAGGUACGGGGACAUCCUCCACGUCAUCAACGCCUCGGAUGAUGAGUGGUGGCAGGCCCGCCGUGUCACUCCACAUGGGGACAGUGACGAAAUGGGUGUCAUCCCCAGCAAGAGACGGGUGGAAAGGAAAGAGCGGGCGCGUCUAAAGACUGUGAAAUUCAAUGCCAAGCCAGGGUCAUUUGAUUCAAAAGGGUCAUUCAAUGACAAACGUAAAAAGAAUUUCAUCUUUACACGAAAGUUCCCAUUCUACAAGAACAGAGAGGGUGAGCAGGAUGGCAGUGACUCAGACCGGAGUCAAGAGGACGUGAUUCUCUCAUAUGAACCUGUGAUGCGGCAAGAAAUUAGUUAUGCCAGACCUGUCAUAAUCCUCGGACCGAUGAAGGAUAGGAUCAACGAUGAUCUGAUAUCAGAGUUCCCAGAGAAGUUUGGGUCUUGUGUGCCACAUACCACUCGGCCGAAGAGGGACUACGAAGUAGACGGGCGAGACUACCACUUUGUGAUGUCCAGAGAGCAGAUGGAGAAGGACAUCCAAGAACACAAGUUUAUUGAAGCGGGACAGUACAAUGAUAAUCUUUAUGGAACAAGUGUCCAGUCUGUGAAAUAUGUGGCUGAAAGGGGUAAACACUGCAUUCUGGAUGUGUCUGGAAAUGCCAUCAAACGACUACAAGUAGCACAACUCUAUCCCAUCGCCAUCUUCAUAAAACCUAAGUCUGUUGAUUCAUUAAUGGACAUGAAUAAGAGACUGACAGAGGAACAAGCCAAGAAAACAUUUGACAGGGCUAUGAAGCUGGAGCAGGAGUUUGGUGAAUUCUUCACAGCCCUGGUUCAAGGAGACACCUUAGAGGACAUUUAUAACCACUGCAAACAGGUCAUAGAGGAACAUUCAGGACCCUAUAUCUGGAUCCCCUCAAAGGAGAAACUAUAAUAACUCAUCACUCUGGAAGGUAGUCUGGACUGUGAGAAACUAGUAAUAAGUUGUAACAUGUGGUAACUGUAUGGAAAUGAAUAGUCUUCAUAAAUAAUUAUUCUGAAUAUGUUUUUUUAAUUUAAUUUAAUUUUCUCUUUUGUUUUGUUAUUGCUUCAUUUUUCACUCAACAUGAAUGUUCCUGAAUGUAUACCGCAGAGUGUUAGGAAUUUUUAGGUCUGUUCUUACAUUUGCUGAUUUCUAUUUGAAAAAAAAAAGGAUAAGAAAUGUAAUGGAAACUAAAUAAAUAUGGGUAUGUGUCCAUGUUGGCACUGUGUAAAAUUACAAACAAGAAAGUGGAGGUGGUAUAUACGUUGCAGAUGUCUUUGCUUUGCUACCGUAGGAUGGAAAAUAGGUAUUCAAACUUCAGCACCCUCACCUUCCCUCCACAUUGCAGCAACUAGCAAAUAAUCAUAUGAAGUUCAAUGUUUUGUCUGAUCUUGCAUCUGUGUAUCACCUGAACACAGCUUCGUUUAUACUGUCAUUUUUUCCCUGAAUCACUGCAUUUAUUUCUCUGACAUGAUAUUGAGGAUGUGUGAGGAAAAUAUGUUAUUCACUGUAAAAUGUCAUGUUUUUUUCUUAUUUAAAAGCAGACAUUACUUAUUAGGCUGUUGCACCGACAAUGAAAAGGGAGAAAGCUGCUAUCCACAGUGGAGAUGUAACACUAUAUUUUGCUACUUAAAUUGCUAGAGGCCACAAAAGCACAGAAUUAUUUAUUAUUGAAAAUAUAACUUUGAUGAAGAGGUCAUUUACAGAGCAUAUUUUAUUUGAGUAAUGUUGUAUGUUGUGACUGUGUUAGGAUGGAUGGGAAUUUUAUGUUGAAAGAUACAGUUGAUGUUGCAGUAUUUUGUAGACUUGGAGAACAGAGGGUAGUAAAAGUAGUGAUUGAAUUUAGUACUGAAACACAUUUUUGUCUUUUGAAACUAACAACUGGACAGUGAAGAAUAGGAAUAAAAAUAAAGGGCAGACACUUUUUCAAAGUAUAAAAAUAUCUGGUACAAAAGACAAAAACAGAGAAGGCAGAAUGUGAAAGUAAAGCAAAAGCAUACAUUUGACAAAAUGCAGAUACGUAUUGGAUAUGAAUAUUAUGUAGCAGCAUUGUGGAGUCAUUAAGGAACUGAAAGACUAAAAAGGUGAGUUUUUCAACUUUACUUUGAAGUAGAUAGUAAUUCAGAUGUCUUGUUUCCUCAGGCAGGCUGUUCCAAAGUCCUAACUAGGAAUGUUUGAUAAUAAUGAUUGAUGGCUUGGGAAGUCCUAACACACAAUCUGAUCUAGUGACCUGAGGCUGCUCUUUGGUUCAUAUACAAAACAAAACCAAACAAAAAAUCUUAGUGGCAUUUUCCCAUACAGUGUUUUCUUUUUGAGCUGCAGUGGAGGGACAGUAACACAAAAAGGGAAUUUUAUACUAAAAAGACUGUAGUUUUAGAAUAUAUCGGCUUGAUUUGUCUAACUCCAACUGCUGAAGCUUCAUAUUAGUUUCAUAUAAACUUUUGAACACAGAAUGCACAGAAUGGGGACUGUGGAUUUUGUUCCCCAUCACUUACAUUGGAAGUGCAUUAGGAAGGGAUCUCUUCAUGGCCAGUAUGAACAGGAGGAAUGAUUACAGCAAGCAAAAACAGUUUCAGUGUUCAUAUGGGCACCUGACUACUGUUUUAAAACAGACUUGAAAAAUUGUGAACCUAUCCUUUAAUUAUUUGGUAUGAAAAGUUAACCAUUUAAUGAUGCUGAUAAUAUACGCAAAGUAUUAAUCAUUGGUGACCUCAGCCUAAAACACCAAUAUUGACCCUCAGGUGGCCUGUCAGUGAAACUUAGUGAUUAGAUCUCUCUGCCUGUGGUUCAAACAGAAAGCUGUAUUAAUAGCUACAGUCAUGGCUGGCUACAAGCUUACUUAAGAGAUGUGUUUGAGCUGUAGAUAUCAUGACUUCAGAUGUGGGCGGAACACCUGACAGGAUAACAAGGACUAUCCUGAAUCAGCUACAGAGAGCCUGGACACCUGAAUAAAGCUAUCUUACAUUUAUUACCAUUUGGUUUAGAAGUGGAUGAGCCCUGAUGAUCCUGAGCAGAUGCUUAGCAGACCCAGCACGAUACAGUAUAACCACUAUAUACAGUUUACUCACCAUUGGCUUGCCUUGUUUGAAAGGGCAUACAAUAUAGUACCUCGCUUUGAUAAAAAUAAAAAAAUAAAAAUCCAUUAUGUACUUAAAGCAUUUGGAAUGACUAAUGCAUCUAACCAGUGUGUUGACCUUCCUGUUUUUUUUUUUAAAACUGCAUUAAGGCCAUUGGGUGUUAGAUUCCCAUGACAACAAUUUGUGAGUGAUAUAUAUUCUAGUAUUACUGCUAUUUGAUUUAGACAGCAUGUUUCACCCAACCUGUUAUCAAGUAAAUAUAGUAGUUACAUGAAUUGUAGGUAUGUUUUAAUCAAUGGGACAUUUCAAAAGUGCACUUAUUCAUUGUUUUUUGUUACAAAAACAGGCACUGUAUGUUAACAGAAAUCAAUACAAGUUUUAAAGCAAAUAUAAAUCACAUACAUUAAUUUUUGUGUAAGAUGGCACAACCAUUGAAGAGUGAAAACUGACCUGCUUGUAUGGACCACAUACUGUACUUGUAGUAGACUGAUAAGAAGCACUUAAAAGACACCUACAACAAGUGUGUACCUUGAGGUAAAAAUACUGUUUUUAUGUACAAAUGAGAUCAUCUUUCUCAUCUCCCUUGUCAUAACUUGGUUGAGAUUUGCGGCUGAUGGAAAAACAAAUAUUUUCAUCUGUGAUACAUGUAGAUUAAUGCUAAUGUUUCCUUUUAUUUCAAGAUAUCUGCCAUCCUUCUUUUGCAAAUUUUCCAUAAGGUAUUGGUCACCACUUGCCUUAACAGAGUAGGUUUACUGUAUAUCAAAGAUGAAAGCUUAUAAAUGUACUUUCCCUUUGAGGAUAGAAAAUUGUAUUUAAUCUUCCUUCGCAUCUACACUUCAGCGAAAGAAAGCUGAAUCAAAUCUAAGCUAUAUGUAAUUGUGCUGAGGGUGUUGAUGCCUUGUACUUAUAAAGUUAAAGGCUGAAGAGAUAUUUUAUAUUUUGUAAUUUUAUCUUAAAAAUUAGCAUUUCUGUGGCAACAAAAAAAAAAACAUUUUAAAGCCGUGAAUCAUGAGACACCUCAAUAUUUUGGCCCUUGUUUUUCAAAAGUGUUAUUGGCCAGGGAUAUGAUGACAUGUAAGAGAAAAUGUAUCUUGAUAUACUGGCUCAAAACUAAUGCUAAACUUAAUACAGUACUUCAAAAGUCAUUGUGAAAAUUGUAACACAUGAUAUUUUACAGGCCAGUGGGGAUUUUUGUGUGGAAAUGUAAAGGAUGUCUGACCUAUGCAUGUUUCAACAGUCUUAUGUGUCCUGUGGUUGUGCAAUAUUCAACACAACUGAAGCAUUGAGGUACUUGCUGUGUUUUAAGACAUGAUCAAACUGCAGAUUUUAAUCAUUC